AUGGCAGAGGCAGCAGUAGUCAUGGCAAAGCCAGCACCGCGCAAGGUAUCCUUCAGCUCGACGCUGCCUUUGGGCCUGGCACCCAUGACGGCCGUGUCAACAACAUCAACAGCGUCACCACCACCACCACCACCCGCACAGGGGCCAAGCACGCCGCGGACGGGCAGCAAGCCGCGCUUCCAGCGCUCGCCGUACGUCGGGCUCGCGAACGGCGCGGGCACCGAGUCGGAGUCAGACGCCACGAGCGACGUGUUCGCGCCCUCGCCUUCGCCUGCAACCCCGCCCGCGCGCUUGUUCCGCUCGCCGCUCCGCGCGCGCGCCACAAACGUGCACGGAGACGACGUGUUUGGGGACAGUAACGCGUGGACUGUCCCCCGCAGUCCUAGGGCCGACGAGAGCGAGGACGACCUCCUCCCCCCGCGCGACGGCGAGAGCCCGUCCCCCUCCCCGCGGAAGAGUGCGUCGGUGAUGGAACGUGUGCUGAACGUAGCAGAAACGCCGCUCCCAAGGCUUGAUUUCAGCCGCGCCGCUGCGACGCCGUUGACUGCGCGCCGCGCGUUCGCGCCCAAGUCCAUCUCGGCGAGCGUGUCCCCCGCGCCGGAGAUCCGGCUCGGCCGCAAGAUCAGCUUGAAUAACCUCGGCUCGAGCGUGAGCUUGAGCUCGGUGGUCAGCGCGAGCGCCAACUCGUCCCUUGGCGGCUUUGACGAGUGGGACGAGGACGAGGCCGAGGAGGUCGACCUUGCAGUCGGGAUCUUCAGGCCUGAGGAGGACAGCUUUGCCGUCGACGGCCACUACGGCUUCGACGCAAGCCGCGACAGCUUCGACCACACGCCCGACCUCGGCGUGCCGGAGGUCGCUGUCGAAGAGGAAACCGACCGCUCCCUCUCCAUCCCGAGCACGCCAACGCGGAUCAGCAGCGUCACGGACGGCCUGCUGGCCAUCACGCCGAAGGACGAGCUCGCGAGCCCCCGCGACGAAGCGAGCGACCAGUACUUUUCGCCGAUCGACAUCCUCGCCUCCCCGCUUGCCGUCCCGUCGCCGGGCGGCUCGAUCCAGAUCCUCUCGCCGUCGCCUCAUCGGCCACUGGCCGCGCCGUCCGUGCCUACCACGCCGAGCCGCGAGGCGCUGGGGUACAACUCGGACGAGAGCGACGAGUGGCGCCCGCGCACGCGGCCGCUGUCGACCAAGAAGCGCAUCGUGUUCGACUCGGACGACGACGAGGCUGGGCCAGCAGUGUUUGCCGUUGAGGACUCGCCCGAGCUCGUCAAGCGCGUCGUGGUUGAUGAUAGCGACGACGAGGUGCCCAGGCCGAGGCCAAGAGGGCUGAAGGGCCGCACGCCGGCAGCGCUGCAUUUCUUGGAGGAGUCGGAGGAUGACGACGACGAAGAGGAAGGCGAGGAUUAUGAGGAAGAGGACACCGCCGGCUCCUUGGCGGAUUUCAUCGUCGAGGACGACGGCGAGGACCUCGAGUUUGUGGUUGACGACUCGGACGAGGGCGACUUUGGCGACGAGCCAGCGUUCGAUGACGAGGAUGACGAGUUGGACGACACGGAUGACGAGGAAUUCCACGAUGCGCCAGUGUCACCGAUCAAGCGGCCACCAAUUAAGCGCCCCGGGCCAAGUAUCAUCGACUUGGUAGACACCUCGGACGAGGAAGACUUGCCCGCGCCGCGGUUCAGGAACCUCUCGAUCUCGUCCCCGCGCCUAAGGACGCAGGCAUCACUCGCGACCGCAAAGUCCAAGCGCGCAUGGGAGGUCCAGCGCGCACAGAUCGCACAGGACGUGUUUGACGACCUCGACGCGGCGGUCUUCGAGGGCCGCCUGGGCGCGGGCGGCGCCAACGCCAAGCUCGAGUGGGGGAGCCGUAUCCUCCGCUCUGCGGGCAACGCGCGCAUGUCGAGAUCACGAGUCAACGGCGAGACCGUAACGAGCUACAAGAUCACGCUGGCGGACAAGGUGCUGACAGAGGAGGGCCAAAUCCGCUCCACUGUCGCCCACGAGAUGUGCCACCUCGCGUGCUGGGUCAUCUCGAACGAGUUCAAGAACCCCCACGGGCGGAUCUUCAAGUCGUGGGGGCGCAAGGUUGAGCGCGCGAGGCGGGACAUCACGGUGGACACAAAACACAACUACACCAUUGCGUACAAGUACGAGUGGCAGUGCUCCGAGCCGACGUGCGGCAAGAUCUACGGCCGUCACUCCAAGUCGAUCGACGAGAGCAGGCACCGCUGCAGCCUGUGCCGCAGCACCCUGAGGCCACUGUUCGAUAACAAGAGCAAGGCCACCACGCCCUUCCAGGCAUACUUGAAGGCCAAUAUGGCCAACGCAAAGUCCGCGUUCGGCAACGCGCCACACGGCGACGUGAUGCGCGCCCUCUCUGAACGGUGGAAGUCUGCCGGGCCCGACGCCGAUCACGUCGCUUACUGGACUUCGCUGGCUGCAUGA